AUGGCGUCGUCAGUAGCCGUAGAUUUUAUCAACGAGCUGCCUCGGUCGCGGUUGGAGGAGCAGCAAUGGGAGCCUCAGGCGCCGUCGGUUUCAUCGCUUCUUUCGAACACCUCCCACCACUACCAACACCACCAACACCACCAACCCCACCACCAAUACCACCACAACCAUCACCGUCAACCCAGCGACAUCUCUACACCCAUAUUCUCCCUAAAUGAGGCAAUGAGUCACGGUAUCGCGUUGUCGCCGCGGGUCGCCGAGUCUCCCGUCGCACGCCAUCGCCGAGUUUCGUCGCUCACAUCUCCCCCCCACAAACCGUCGCAAAAAUCGCAGGCAUCGUUCGCACAGUCGGGGUUCCGCAACCUGCACCACAGCAGCUCGUGUGGCGCACGGCAGAUGGCGGAUACCGCGUCGUCCUUAGAUCUCCGCGAGCUCGAGAGCCAAUCGAGUGUGACUCUAUCGCAGGUCGACGACGGCGACUCCAGCUCCACCACCACGAGCAGCAGCACCGUGUCGUGCCAAAGCGCGUUCGGCGUUUUCGCGCGCCGCAGGCGCCGCGCGAGCAGUCGCAGGGAGACGCCUAUUGCCAGCCCUCGCGCCGUCGCGGACCACUUUCGUGACGGUACUGCGGCGGCUGUGAUUGGUGGGUUUCCCGCGACUCGCAAAGCGGCGCCAAUGGCACCCGCACCAGAGCUGCCGCGUCUGCUUCACCAUGAGAUGCGCCGUGAUAUACGGAGGAGCGACGGAGAGGAGAGCGGCGACGAAGGGGACGGCGGAGGGGGCGGCAGCAAAAGUAGUCGAGGCAGCGCGGCGGUUACGAUAUUGAAGGACGCAGCGCAGACCGUCGCGCGGAAGGUGCGUGGCGCCGACGCCGCCGCGUGGGGGCAGCUCGGCGCGCUGCAGGGGGGCGCGCUGCCCCGACCCCUCGCCAGCGCCGCGCGUCGCCAGAAGCCGCCCCUCGCGCUGAAGCCGCGGCGAUUCAACGAGCGCGACGGCUGCCCCUCGCCCGCGAGCAGCGGGGAGUUGGCGCUGAUGCGGCCCCCGAAGUCCCCCGCGAGCAGCGGGGAGAUUGCGCUCCUCGAGGCGGAGGAGAUGCUCUUCGGCGCGAGCGAAUGGUCCCCCGCAAGCAGCGGAGAGAUGCCGCUCGUUGAAUCGAGGGAGUUCGCGCCGCUUCCGCCGACCCCGGAGCGGCGCCGGGCGGACUACGAGGAGGGGAGUGAGGGCGGGAGCGAGGGGGUGGUGGUGGAGGUCGCACCUGGGGGAGGCAGUAUGCACCGCUCCACGUCGCCGUCGCUCUGGAACCAGCUGGGAUCGGUUUCGGAAAAUCUGCUGCUCGCCGCGCGACAAAAGAAAGGCGUUGCCUCUCUCCCCGCUGCGGACGCGCCUUCCGCGCCGGUGCACCCCAGCAACGCCCCCAAGGCAGCCCAUACGCGCUAUGCGCGCAAGGCGCAGCACCGCCACGGGCUGUCUCUCGGCGACGUGCCCUUCGCGGAUUCUCCCGUCGGCAUUGACGCGCCGCUGCCGCCGUCUGCUCGAUUGCCGGACGCCGUCAGCGCGGCCGGCGCGCCCCCAUCGAGUUUCAGCGCGGACAGCAUCGCCGUUGGUAGCUACCUUGCGGGCGGCAGCAGCCGGAGCGGCCGCAGCGGCGGCAUCGGUGGUAAGAAGAGCAGCAAGGGCAGGGUCGCGGCGCGAGCGAGCGCGUCCGCCACUGAACUGGACCGUUGGAGCGUGCUGCCGUACGGCGGCGGGCGGGAAAAGCCGCGCGAGUCGCGGGAGUCCACGCGAGUCAAGCAGGCGCCUUGCGGCAAAGAGCACGGGGGAGUGACGAGCGGAGCGGCGGCUGUGCCGGGCGACUUCCUCUCGUCGUACUUCGGCGACGCGCCCGACGCUUACGUCGGCGAGUUCGCGCUGCAGGAGGCUCGCAACGCGGCGCGCAACGCGCACAAGAAGACAGCGGCGCAAACCGAAAGCGUUGUCAGUGCGACCCCGCGCAAGCAGUCGGUGGCGGACGCGGUGCACCUGCGCCCGUGCGACUUCGUCCUGGGCCGCCCGUACUCGUCGCUGCUGCGGCGCUUCGUGCUGGCGCCGCAGGAGCUGGGCAGCGGGCAGUUCGGCGUGAUUCGCAAGUGCGUGGAGCGCGGCACCCACCGCGUGCUGGCGUGCAAGACGAUCCUCAAGAGCAACAUCGCGGCCAUGCAAGACGCCGCGGACAUCCGCCAUGAGGUUGCUGUGAUGGAAGCGCUCAAGGGGCAUCCGCACGUGGUGAAGAUUGAAGAUACGUGCGAGGACGAGGAGGCGGUGCAUAUUGUCAUGGAGCUCUGCUCCGGAGGUGAUUUGUUUGAUCGCGUGAAGGAUGAGGGCCGGCUGAAGGAACGGACGGCUGCGAUCGCGUGCCGGCAGGUGGUGCAGGCGCUGAUGUGGUGCCACGUGUCAGGCGUGGUGCACCGGGAUGUGAAGCCGGAGAACAUUCUCCUCAAGGGGCGGAGAGAGGGAGGCAACGGCGCGGACGAGCAGAACAAGGGGAAUAUGGGCGCGGCUGCGGCGGUGCUGGGAGGAAUCAUGGCUGCUCCUGCCAAGGGCGCGGGUGGUGCUGGUGAUGAGGACGAGAUUCAUGUCAAGCUCGCCGACUUUGGCGUUGCCACGUUUACCCGAGGUGAGCCGUGCACGGAGGAGCUGGGCACGCUGCAGUACAUGGCGCCAGAGGUGCUCGCGGGAACAUACGGGCCAGCAGCUGACAUCUGGAGCGCGGGCGUGGUGCUGCACAUCAUGCUCUCGGGCCGCACUCCCUUCUUCGCGUCGCUCGGGAGGACAGUUCAGGAGGCGAUUCUGCACGGCCCUGUGCGCAUGCGCGGGCCCCACUGGGAAGGUGUGAGUGAGGACGCCAAGAGCCUCGUGCGCGCCAUGCUGGAUAAGGAUGCUGCGACGCGAAUCACCGCCAAGGAGAUUCUUGGUCAUCCCACCGCUCUCAACCCCUGUCACCGAGCCUCCGUGGCUUGGCGGCAGGCUCGGGAGCAAAUCCUGCUUCAGCUUCGGAACCAGCCCUUGCCUGGAAACGACCUUUCCACGGGAGGUGCAGCAGUGGGCGGUCCCUCACGCGAUGGUCCCUCACACGAUGGUCCCUCACACGAUGGUCCCUCACACGAUGGUCCCUCACACGACGGUCCCUCACAUGAUGGUCCCUCACUACAAGCUGGGGUCCCAAUAGCGUUCUCACACGAGGGGGGGUUGCGAGUAUCGCCUGGGGAGGGUGGGGUUCCAGGCGUGCGGGCGCAGAGGGGUGGAUUACAGGGCGUCGCAGCAGCGCCAGGGGGUGAAUCGCUGGGACUGGUAGCACAGGGAGGUGGGCUGCUGGGUCGAAUGGCUCAGAGGGGUGGAUCGCCAGGCCUGGGUGCUCCAGUGGUUAGCGUGCAAGCCACGGGGAAAAUGACAGGAGAUGCGGGGGUGAUGGGGGCCGCGGGGGGCGGUGGGAUGGGCGGGGGAGGCGAGUGGGAGCUGCUGCAGCAGCUGCUAGGGGGGACGUCUCCGGAGGGCAAGGCUGCUGGUGGCGGCGGGAUGGGGGCGGGUUUAGAAGGAGCGCUUCAAGUGCAAGCCAUGGGGCUGACACAGCAUCCCAACGAGUGCGCUACCGCUGCUGCUACUGGUGCUCCUGAUGGUCCCUCGGGAUCGCCAGCCACGACGGACUCCCCAGCGUCGUCAGCGUCGGCGCUCUCAUCCCCAUCGCACUCCACCUCGGGCUCUGGAGGGAGCUCGUCCGGCCAAGGGGGCAGGGUGCUGGGGAAAAGGGCGCCGGGCGGAGGGGUGCUGGGGGGGAGUGUGGCGGGGGCAGGUGUGGCGGGGGCAGGUGUGGCGGGGGCAGAUGAGGGAGGGGCAGCAUUCGCCUCUGCCCGCACGGCUGCCUUCCCCACCCUCGCGUCCCCUGACGCGUCGGGAGCGCGCGGCACGGAGGAAGAGCAGGCAGGGGCACAGGGGGGGGUUGUGGCGGGUGGGGCAGCAGGCAGGGAGGUGGUGGCGGUGGGUGGGAGGGUCCGGGGCAUGGAUUCCUUCGGAUUCUCCACGGCUGCUGCUGCUGGUGGAAUUGGGGCUGCUGGUGGUGGAAUUGGGGGUGCUGCUGGGUUUGGCAGUGGUACUGGUGGUGGUGCUGGGUGCAGCUACGCUGUUGCGAGGGAACUCUUGGAGGCAAUGCCAGGUGGCGCGACCGGAUUGGACGACCUUCAGUCGCUGCAGCCCCCAGGGUCUCGCCGCCGCACCUCCGGCCUUUUCGGGGUCGGAGCAGUUUCUCUUGACUAUAGAGAUGCUGUUUCUAUUCACGGGUGUGGCUAUAGCGGGUCUGGCCGUGGAGUGCCCUGGGGGGCGUGGGAAGGAGGAGCAAUUGGUUUGUCAGAUCACCUUAUGAAGGGGAUGGGGGAGAAUGCAUCAAGAGGAGGUAACGCUGCAGUGGCAGCACCGUCCGCAGCUUGGUGGGAGGCUCGGGGGCAGGUCGGAGCUUUGGAAUUCCCCAGGCCUACUGCCGGACCUGUAUCCGCUGAAGUCACGGGCCCGGAUGUUUCCGGGAAGUUUCGGUCGGUGGAGAAAUUCGCGCGGGCGCAGAUGGUGGCGAUGGCAGAGGCGGCAGAGGCGGGCGACACCGGGCGGUUUCAUUCGGCGUUUGUGCAGCUGAAGCCGCUGGGGAAGGUGCGAGGAAACGCGGUGGAGCGGUUGACACACUACGUGGUGGAGGGGUUGAUGAGACGCAUGGCUGGGACGGGGUUUCAGCACUUCUGCACGCCCCUUAGGCGCCCUCCCAAGGAGCUAGACGAGGCCCUCACACUAUACUCCUCGUCACAGCCCUUCCCGCUCUUCGGCAGCAUCUCUCUCGCCCACCUAAUUGCCGAAGCAGUGAGCGGCAGCACGCACGUGCACAUAGUGGACUUCGGCUGCUUCCAGCCCAUCCACCUGCCCGUGCUCAUGGACCUCCUCGCCGCCCGCCCCGGGGGCCCUCCUUCCCUGCGCCUCACUGGCAUGGACACGGCGAGUUUCAUCUGUGCGGGGAGGAAGGACUUUAAAAGGUUGAGGGCGAUGGAGGACGUGGGGAGGCGGCUGCGGGGCGUGGCGCGGCACCUGGGCGUGCCGUUUGAGUUUGAGAGUGUCAAUGUGGACGAGGACAACCUGCAGCUGCUCUACCAGGUGAAGCGGCAGUGGCACGAGGCGCUGGUGGUGGUGUGCUUUCUCGAGCUGCUGCUGCUGCUGGACUCACCCAAUGGCCCUCGCCACUGCGUGCUAAGGUGGAUUCACGACAUGCACCCGACACUCUUCACCUUCUGUGACGUUGAUCUCGACACCAAUGACAGCGCCUUCCUCCCGCGCUUCCAAGAUAUUGUAGACCACCACCUCGCCACCUUCAGCUUCCACGACGUCUUUCUCGGAAACGCCGACAAGCGCCUGCUCUCCGUCUUUGAGGAGAUUUAUUUCGCGCGCUCUAUUAUUAACGGAAUCGCUUGUGAAGGGGAUGAGCGGGUGAUGAGGUCGGAGAAGGCGGGGCAAUGGAGGAAGCGGUUGUUAAUGAUGGGGUUUUCACCGUGCGCCAUUCCUACAUCGGUGAUUGACAAUGUACAUAAGAUGCUGAAACGGUUCCCGCUUGGGUUAGGGCUGCAGAUAGAGGAUGGGACGGUAAGCUUGUUGUGGCGGGGAAGCCGUUCCCUGUUCACGUCGGCCUGGAUUCCUUGCAUAGGCAAUUUCUUUUCUUCUCAGAUACUCCUGACGACGCACCAGCUGCUCGCAAUGGCCGCCGAGGUCGGAGAGGGUAACUGCAUCGGCUAUGCCGCCAGAGAUCAGUCGGGAUUUCUCUCGCCCUUCAAGUUCAACCGCAGGGAGGUGGGGCCCAAGGACGUGCGCAUCCGCAUCACGCACUGCGGCAUCUGCCACAGCGACCUGCACCAGGUCAAGAACGAAUGGGGCGGCUCGCAGUACCCCAUGGUCCCGGGGCACGAGAUUGCGGGGGUGGUGGAGGCGGUGGGGUCCGAGGUGACCAAGGUCACGGUGGGGCAGAGGGCGGGCAUCGGGUGCAUGGUGGACUCGUGCCGCACGUGCCAGCCAUGCGUACAGCACGUGGAGCAGUUCUGCCCGCAGUGCGUGUACACGUACAACAAGGUCGACCCCAAGACGAGCGAAAUGACGCAGGGCGGCUACUCCUCUUUCUACGUCUGCGACCAGGACUUCGUGCUGACGAUUCCCGACAAGCUGCCGUCUGACGUGGCGGCGCCGCUACUGUGCGCGGGAAUCACGGUGUACUCGCCCAUGGUCUACUACGGCAUUAACCAGCCCGGCAAGCGGUUGGGAGUGGUGGGACUGGGCGGGCUGGGCCACAUGGCGGUGAAAUUCGGCAAGGCAUUCGGCAUGCACGUGACGGUGCUGAGCACGAGCCCGAGCAAGGAGAAGGAGGCCAAGGAGGUGAUGGGCGCGGAUCAGUUCAUUGUCACCAAGGAUGCCGACGCCAUGAAGGCAGCAGUGGGGACAUUGGACGCCAUAGUGGACACGGUAUCAGCGCAGCAUGAGCUGGCGCCAUACCUGGAGCUGCUCACGUUCAACGGCAAGAUGAUUCUUGUUGGAGUUCCCCCAGAGCCCUACGGCCUGCAUGCCGGCCAGCUCAUUUUUGGCCGCAAGACUGUGGCUGGUAGUUUGAUUGGAGGGAUCAAGGAGACCCAGGAGAUGCUGGAGUUCUGUGCAGAGAAGGGGGUUGCACCUAUGAUUGAGAAGAUCGACAUCCAGGACGUGAACAAGGCGUACGAGAGGAUGAUGAAGAAUGACGUGAAAUACCGCUUUGUCAUCGAGAUUGAGAAGAGUCUCAAGUAG